AUCAAAUGAUAAACAAAGGUGAAAAAUCUGUGGUGUGAAUGCACUUCUACAAAGUUUACUUUUAUUUUUAGUUAAUUAUUGCUAUAUUCAAAGAUAGUGUUAGAAUUAUUUUUUGUGGACUGUAAGAAUGUCUUUAAAUUCCACUCCAGGACAUACUUCAAAUAGUUCUUAUGAGUCUCAUUAUGAUCCCUCAUUUACAGCUGAAAUAACGGCGAAAAUGCAUGUUCCGGACAAAAUAAGUAUUUUCCCCGACGCAGAGCGCAGAGACACAAUCACAUAUCAGCCAGAAGAUGUGAAGGCUAGUAUGAAUGUCCCAGAUCGGAUACUUGUGGCUGGAGAUAAUAAGCAUAUACCAGCUAGAGAAUCGCUUCCUGAGCUAAAAUUUGAGACACCUUUGCCGUAUCAACUUCAGACUUUUGUUUUAGCUCCACCUCCAGAUGUUUUGACUGUGGAGGAGUACCCUUAUCCUUCAGUAGAUAUUAAGCCUUCUACGAGGAUUAUUGAGAAAAAGAAACCUAUGUUAGAGCAGACUAGUUGGUUUGAUUUUUGCUGUUUUGUCAUUCAAUUUUCACUUAAGCAGCUUCUACAGUUAAAGAAAAAUGAUUUGAAUGAAUCUGCCUUAAGCUCAGUGAAUGCGCCUGAGGAAGAAAUUGCCAUUUUGCGCAAGCAAGUUCGUCAUCUGUCUCGCAGGGUGCUGGCAAUUGAGCAAGAGAGCCAGCAGCGUCAGCAAAGGGAGAUUAUUAUGUAUACUUUAGGGAUUGCAUACUUUUUUAUCAAGGGAUUAGUGUGGUUACAUAGACAUUUCUAAAUUAUUUCAAUCACAUUCUAGAAAUUGCAAUGUACAGUGAGAAAAAUGAACUGAAGUGAGAUUCAUAUGGUUAUUAGAAAUGGAAUUUCUGUAUGCCAUUAAAUAAGAGCUAGUACUUACUGACAUUGUUAAAGUGGUACUACUGUAUUAAUGUAUACAAGUAUUUCAUUUCCAAUGUGGUUAUUCGUUACAAAGCUUCUUAAAAAGUUAUACAUUUUUAAGUUAGUAAUUAUUUUUAAAGGAAGAACAUCACAAUAUAUAACUCCCUGUUUGUUUGUUUGUUUUUUACAUUACAAAAUAUAUUUACUCUGAAAAAUUAAAGAAUAUAUUUUAAAUGAUUAAAAGUUUUUUCACUUGUUUCCCAGUAUAAUUAUAUAUAUGUGUGUGUGCAUAAUAAUAUAUUAAAUUUUAUGUAAAAUUAAGAGCAAAAAAAAUUGUAUUCUAAAAAGAUAGAACUCUCUUCACUUACUUUGAAUAGUGAAAGCAAUUUGGGAUUGAAACUCAAAUAUAUUUUGAUAUAAUAAUUUUCCCCAAAAUCUACUUCACAAGGAAAUGAGGCAAUAUUAUUCUCUAAUUGCAUUAUGGCACUCAAAGCAGUCUUUGAAAUCUGAAUGUGUGUAUAAGUGCUAUUUUGUGCUGAUGUACUUGAAAUAUAUUUUAGAAGCUAAAUGCUAUACCAGAUAUAAAAAUCUCUAAACUAUUCUUUCCAUUUUUCUUGUUCAUCAGUGUAUUGUAUAUAAAGCUGCAGUUUUUACAUUUGUAUAAAUCUAUUAUAUGUAAAAGAAAUCCUACUAAUAUUUCCCUUCAAAGAACAUUUUAAAAAAAUUGUAUUUAAAUUGUAAAGGUAUUUACAGUGUGCAGUGAAAUAAAGCUUAACUUCCUCUAUAAAUUUUCCAAUUUAUUCUUCAAUUUAAUUUUUACAAAAUUAUAAAGAAUAAAUUUUUUUGAUUUGUGAUUAUGAACUUUAUUAAUUGGAUGUGCUGUUGUGACUUUUAUUAUCAUAGAUUUUGUAAUUUCUGAAUAACCUUAUUCAAAUAAAAAAAAUGAAAUAGUUUUCAAAAUUAUACAUUUGCCGUAUAACUUUAUAAUUAUUUAUUUUAUAUUAAAUAUUUCAAGAAAAGUACUGUUAAAUAUAUUUGCUGAUCAUUUAAAUUAAUUAUAUUAUUUAAAAGUUAUUAGCUUUAUUUAAAAGUUUGAGUAAUGAAUUUCAGUAGAUGCAUUUAAAAAUGCUCCAUAGAUGAGGCUUUUUUUUUUCUUUCCAAAAUCUAUAGUUUAGAAAGCAUAACUUGAUAUUUCCAGUAUUAAACAUGAUAAAUUAAAACUUUUAAAUAAAGCUUCAGUAUUUCAAAACAGUUUUAUAAAUAGGAUAGUAUUGUUUAUGAAAUAUCUCAUCAUCUUGUGAAAUAAUGUAUUCUGAAAAAGUGCAUUUAUUGUGAAACAAACAAUUUCAAGAAGACAUGUUAGCAAAAUUUAAUUGUAAUGCAAACAUAUCUUAUUUUUGUUUGAAUAGUGUUAUUUAUGUUUCACAUAAUGAUUUGUCAAGUUCUAAUUAUUCCAAUUGCUAAAUUGUCUUAAAAGUUUAAUUCAUAAUCAGAGAAAUUAUUUUAUAAAAAAAUUAUAAUAUAAAAAACUUAUUCAUAUUUUAUGGAAUUCAUGGAAUUUGCCAGAAUAUUUAAAGAAAUCUUCUGACAUUAACAUUGUUUGUACUUCUUAUAAGAAAUAAUUCUCUUUGAAAAAAGCAUACAUUCUUUUUUAAAUUACAAAUUUCUUUCUUAUGAUAUGUAAUGUGAAUGAACACACUUGAAAAUUUAUAGAUAUAAGGCAUGGAAAAUAGUGUGAUAAGUUGUUUGUUUGAUUCAGAUGCUCACAAACUGAACUUUAUUUUUUCUUCUCAAAUUUUUUUAAAGUACUACUAACUUCAGAUUCGUCAUGCAAAAUAGUUUUCUUUAAAUUACUGUGGUGAAGAAUAAUUUUUCAGUACUUAGCUUAAACUAUUACAUUUUACCAAAUAAAAAACCAUAAUUUUUUAUAUUUUUCCCAUAAUUUUUAAGUUUAACAUUGUUUGGAAAUUUUUGUUUUAUGUAUAUAUUGAUUGUUAAGAGCUGUUGAAUAAAAUAAGUAAAAUUCUAACUGAUUGAGCUGCAGAAAGUUAAUUUGGAUUCCUGUGAUGUUGUAUAUGAUGAAAGAACAUAGCUGAAAAUGAUAUUUCUUAGGAGUGGGAACAAUACAAGACAUUCAUUUAACCUGCAUUUUUGUAUUCUUUUGAUUGCUUAUGUAAAUUUUUAAGCUGAAUAAAAAAGAAAUUUUAGA